GGUGCAUGCAGGAGGCGAAGGGACGCGCAGGAUCCGCCCAGGGAUGAGUACUUGCGUCCGAUGGUGGAUGCGACAGGCAUCAAGUAUCGCAUCGGCCUCAACGAGGAUGACAUGACAGAGGACAUCAGGGAAGAGUUUGAGGAGAACCAGCGCGAGUCGUUGGCGGCCCUCAAAUUUGCUGGUGUGCUCAUUGGAGUCCCAAUUAUCGUGGGCUUCACGGUGAGCCGCAUCUUGGCAGAGCCCUUUUACGAAGUGGCUCAGCGCUACAAUCCGCAGAUCUUUGCCGUCAGCGAGCGCGAGAAGGUUGAAGGUGCCAAGCUGGUGCAUAAGCACGAGAUGCGCCUGCGCAUGGACGCCGCCAUUGGCCGCGCGCCCGCCAUCUCAGACCUGGAGAUGCAGAUGGAGCUGCGCAGGGAGGCGCUGCACCUGGCAGAGGAGUUCCGGGCGCACAACCGCACGGCGCUGUUGAACCUGCUGUCUGACAGCACGACGGCGCUGACGGGCUUUGCGCUGCUGCUGCGCAACUCGGACGGCCGCGGCGCGCUCUUCCGCACCAUCGGCCGACUCUUGUCCGGCUUCUCCGACACCGCCAAGGCCUUCCUCAUCAUUGCAAGCACUGAUAUUCUCCUAGGGUACCAUUCUGAGGAGGGGUGGACCGCUGCUAUCCACUUGCUCACCGGCCAUUAUGGUCUGGAGGUCGAGGAAGCACCCAUCUACAUUUUUGUGGCCAUUGUGCCUGUUACAAUGGAUGCUUUCUUCAAGCUGUGGAUAUUCCAAGGCCUCAACAGAGUGAAUCCUGCUGCCGCUGUGACGCUGCGAAGCAUGGACCGGCAUUGAAGUCUGCCAGGCAUGAUGGCAUUACCGGGACGUAGUAGUGUUUCCAUGAGAAGUCCUGGUUGCUACGAGACAAGAUAUCUGAAAGAAGUCAUUGUGGAAGGAGUUGGGGUACUGUUGAAAAGAGAAUAUCCUUAAAACCUGCCAAUAAGCAUUGCGGCUCAACACAGAUCUGAGAUCUCCUGGCAUUGCCAUGCGCAGAGUCAUAUGCAUGGUGUCUGGAGUAUUGCAGUAUAUUUAAUGCCGCAGCGCUGGCACGUUUUCAUGCUCGUGACAGAAAACCUGACCUCAUUAUGGCUCAGAAUUUGUUACAUUAUCAGUGAGUAACUACUCACCUUACAAGGGGUGAAUGUGCUAGCACGGUAGCAGCCAAACAAUAUUGAUGACAGUGCACAUAUCUUUCAAACGUGACUGGACAGGUGCAAUUGAUCAACAUGAUUGAAUAAUGACUGAAAUCCCAAUUGCCUGCCGAAAGAUGAACAUGCGAAUGUGCUGCAAAUGUAACAUGAAGUGCAAUGGCAAUCAAG